CACCCCACGCCUGGGUCCGGCCGCUGCAGUGCACUUGCCCCACUCCUAGGUCCGGCAGCCGCGCCGCCCCCGCUCCUGGGUCCAACCAUCAGCACCCCCACCCGUAGCACACGAGCGCCGGCAUCCACCGCCAGUCCCUAAGCACACCGCCCAAGGGCCCAUGCCCCAUCCCCUGACAUUAUCCUGCCUCGCUGGCGCACCAUGGACGUCUUCCUCUUCUGCCUAGAACUUCUUCUCCAACCUAUUGCCUUGUCGGUGUUCCAUUCAUUCCGCUCAACAUGGCUCUUCAGGUGUGGACGGUUGGGGAGGACGAUGAGGACCUCAAGAACCACAGGGAGCUCCUGCCUCUCUCCAAGCUCCAAGAGAUUGGUGUGUUAUAUUGGCAUUUGGACCCAAAGAGACCUGAAAGCGAAGAAGAGCUAGCGAAGAUCCGCAAAGACAGAGGAUAUAACUACAUGGAUCAUCUCGAUAUAUGCCCUGGAAAGUUAGCAAACUUUGAGGAGAAGCUCAAGAACUUCUUCACAGAGCACAUGCAUGCCGACGAAGAGAUCCGCUACAACUUGGAAGGCGGCGGGUACUUUGAUGUGCGCGACAAGGAUGACAAGUGGGUUCGGAUCUGGAUAAAAGAAGGGGAUAUCAUCGUGCUGCCGGCUGGAAUUUAUCAUCGGUUCGCCCUCGACGCCGCCAACCAUGUGAAGCUCAUGAAGCUAUUCCUAGGAGAACCAGUGUGGAUAGCGCACAACCGGCCUCAGGAGGACCAUCCGGUGUGGCAAGAGUAUGUGAAGAGGCUAACGGACGACAAUGCUGGUCUUGCUCUGGCAGCACACUGAAGUUUGUUUGUGAUUCCUCAGCUAUGUACUAUAAACACCCAUGCAUGGACAUAUACAUACACUUGGAUGAAACUGUGUUGUAAUCUUCAAUAUGCAGGUGGCCUCGUUGGCGCACCAUGGACGUCUUCGCUGCUGGCAAAUGGCAAAAAAAGGGAUUGGCCGAUCCAGUCGAGCAAGCUGUGGAAGAACAACUCGACUUAUGUAUGCUUUUUUUUAUCUAAUAUGGCU